AUGAAGCUUUACACUCCCUCUACCCUUCUUACAGUCUUUUGUGGCUUAGUCAAUUCUGCUCCACCCUCCAACUACCUCAAUUGGAAAUCAUUCAGUGCCAAUGGAGUCAACCUCGGUGGCUGGCUACAUCAGGAAACCGUCAUUGAUCCAGAGUGGUGGAAUCAGUAUGCACCCGGCACACUUGAUGAAUGGGAUUUCUGCGCAAAGUUGGGUUCACGAUGUGGUCCAGUUUUAGAACAACGAUACAGCUCUUUCAUCACCACGAAGGACAUCGAUGCCAUGGCCCAAACUGGGAUCAACGUCAUUCGAAUUCCUACCGGAUACAAUGCCUGGGUCAAGGUCCCAGGUUCUCAACUCUAUAGCGGCAAUCAAGCUAGCUUUCUUAGAGCCAUCUCCGACUAUGCUAUUAAGAAGUAUGGCAUUCACGUUAUUCUUGAUAUCCACUCGCUCCCUGGAGGUCUCAAUGGUAUGGGACUUGGUGAGAAGGAAGGCAAUUAUGGCUGGUUCCAGAACCAGACCGCCCUAGAUUAUUCAUACAAGGCAGUCGACGCUGCUAUCAAAUUCAUCCAAGAGUCAGACGUUCCUCAAGGCUUUACCCUGGCCCCAAUCAACGAGCCUGUCGACAAUCGGGAUUUCACCAAGUUUGGAACACCCGAAGCUUUGAGUGAUCAAGGAGCUACUUGGGUUCUGAAGUAUUUUCAAGGAGUCGUAUCACGGGUUCAGAUGAUCAACUCGAGAAUACCUAUUAUGCUCCAAGGUGGUUUCCGACCAGUUGACUUCUGGGCCAAGAACUUUGCUGCCAGCACGAACAUUGUCUUUGAUGUUCAUCAUUACUACUUUGCCGGUCGUCCAACUACUUCGCAAAAUCUCCCUGAGUUCAUCUGUGCCGACGCCAAGGCUACUGUUGACCCCAAGUUUCCGGUGUUUGUCGGAGAAUGGUCUAUUCAGGCUACCAGCAAUAACACUUUUUCCAGCCGUGCAGUCAACCUUAACACUGGUCUGAAGGCUUGGUCGACCUAUACUCGAGGAAGUGCCUACUGGACUUGGAAGUUCUUUGGUAAUGUGCCCGUGGAUGGCGAGGGUACUCAAGGGGAUUACUGGAACUAUUCUGAUUUUGUAAAGAUGGCAAUUGUUAAUCCGUCGACUGGAAUCCCUUGCAAGUAG